AUGCGCUGUCUAUGCUGUUCAUACAUCGUCCUGUUGCUCCAUGCCGGCGCAUUGCGACCGCAAAACGAUGACAGGAGAGAGGCGACAGAGGCGGACCCAGAUCAAGAGGGCGAGUUUGUGGAUCCAGUCGAUUUAGAUAGCCCUGUCACUCCCAAGCUGCCUCCAUUCCAAGUGCAGCUGACGGUGAAUGAUGAAAGUGCAGCUCUCAAAAAAGAGGACGGGUCUAUUCUUGGCGAUUUGAUCUACAUGUUCAUGCCCCAGAGCGACGGCUUGGACACCCUUGCCUCGGCAAUAGUAAAAGACCUCCCACCGCUGCUGGAGAAGGAAGGUUUGAGAUGCAUUCUGGCCAAAGACGGAUCAGAAGGACAUGACAUUCGGCUCAUGGUCGAAAUAACAGGCUACAAGCUCAAGGACGUUCUGGCCAGCAAGACCAGUGAGGAAUUCAAUUCUACACUCUCGGAGUUGCCAUUAUUGUUCCCACCUCUGGGAGCUCAAAAGGAGUAUGAUGCCGUACACCAGAAAGUGAAGGAUUUCUUGAAGAUCAAGUGGAUGCGGAAGAUACCGGAGAUCUUCAACACACAGCUCUUGACGAUGGGGGUAGAUGCGGACACCUCCGUUGUGCCUCCUCCCCCUGAUUUGCCGAAGCCGGACAAGCUUCCUGCGCCGGAAGGCCUCAAACUCUUUCUCAGGGUGGAGCUGGAAAGCAGGCUGGCCAUGGCGAAAACUGUGGACCCGAGCCUGGGAGAGGAGGCUGUGAAGAACAUGAGCCAAGAUGACUACAUCCGUCUCAUCCGACCCAAGCUGAAGGAACACAUAGCCAACGCUGUGCGUGAAAAGCUCGGGGACUCGUUCCCCUUUGACGGUGAACCCCAGAGUGACACGGAUUUUGGACAUCACUCGAAGCACAGCUUCUGGCUCCCGCUGAGCGUCCGCAAUGUGGAUGAGGAGAAGGCCCUGAAGAAGAUCAAAGGAGAGGAGCUCGCAGGUAACUUUUCACAGUUCCUUGCCUCGCUGAACAAGCUGGCGACAGGUGGAGUGGGCGGCCUGGCCGCUGUGGCCACCGAUCUCCGGGCCACGGUGCGACACUCUCAGCUGAAAGAGUUGCACACAGAUCUCGCACGCCGUGUUGCCGAACUUCUUCACGCAGAAGUUCAGGCCGUCAGCAGCUCCGCCUACGAAUGGCUCCAGAAACAUGCUUCCGGUGGCAUCUGUUGCCGAAGCGAGAAGACAAGCUCCGGGGGAAAAACCACAGAUGAGGUGUUCUGGGUGGCUUCGAACGUCACUGCAGGGCCCAAUGGCCCAUCUGGCCUUUGCCCCGCCAUCUCGGCGGCGAAACCGCCGUGUGCGGCUUCCCAGGAGGCUCAUGAGAAGAUCGUGCUGCACCAUCGACCGUACACUGAGUGCUAUAACUUUGCCGAGCUCAACAGCUCGCACGAGGUCCCGGCUCUCAAAGCUGAGAAGAUCGAGUCCAGCUGUCAAUCCUGA